AGGGAGUUGAGAGAGAGAGAGAGAGAGAGAAAAAGAAGAGAGCAGAAAUGGAGAAGUCUGCAGGAGGGAGGACUGCAAGUUCGAAUUAUUCUUCUUCUGUAAAUAGGUCCUUCAAUUUUUUAAAGUAAAGAGUAAAGACUAGAAGAGAAGCCACUGAGAUUUUGUUGUCUGUUACAUUUGGGUGAAAAUUGAUUAUCCAUCUUCAUUGAGUCGCUUGUGUGUUUGAAACGAAAACCAAAACAAAAGAAUGCCUAUAAGGCAAAUGAAGGAUAGCUCAGAACAACAUUUAGUGAUCAAGACUCACUUGCAAAAUACCAUGAGUCAAGCUCAAAAACAACCCAAAACUGCUCAAAAUGGCAAAGGCCCUCCACAUCAAGAACCCCAAAACUCAAAACCUCAUAACCAAACUUCACCUCCGACUAAGAAUAGAGGAAGAAGAAGAGGAAGAGGUGGUAGAAAAUCUGAACAAAGUGAUGUCUAUAUGAGACCAAGUUCAAGGCCCUGCACUGUGGCACAUAAGCCAGUGAACCAUGCUUGUGAUAUUGUGGCAAGUAAUUCUGAUGGGUCUGUUCAAAAUGGUCAUAAUUUGUGUGGAACGGAGAUGGGUUUUCCUACUUCAAGCAAGUCUUUGAGUUUUGCUCCAAGGCCUGGUUAUGGUCAAGUUGGGACAAAGUGUAUUGUUAAGGCCAACCAUUUCUUUGCAGAGUUACCAGACAAGGAUUUGAACCAGUAUGAUGUUACCAUAACUCCUGAGGUAGCAUCAAGAACUGUGAACCGAGCUAUUAUGGCAGAGCUUGUGAGGCUGUACAAAGAAUCUGACCUAGGAAUGAGACUGCCUGCUUAUGAUGGCAGAAAGAGUCUUUACACAGCUGGUGAACUUCCUUUCGCUUGGAAGGAGUUCAAAAUUAAGCUUGUAGAUGAUGAUGAUGGAAUCAAUGGUCCCAGAAGAGAAAGAGAAUAUAAAGUGGUGAUUAAGUUUGUGGCUAGAGCAAACAUGCAUCAUUUAGGCCAGUUUCUAGCUGGUAAACGAGCAGAUGCUCCACAGGAAGCACUCCAAAUUCUUGAUAUUGUAUUAAGGGAGCUCUCGACAAAGAGGUACUGCCCUAUUGGGAGAUCCUUCUUUUCACCAGAUAUUAGAGCACCUCAACGGCUUGGUGAUGGCUUGGAGUCCUGGUGUGGAUUUUACCAAAGUAUAAGGCCUACACAGAUGGGACUGUCCCUGAAUAUUGAUAUGGCUUCAGCUGCAUUCAUUGAGCCUCUCCCUGUAAUAGAGUUUGUUGCACAGCUUCUAGGCAAAGAUGUGUUGUCUAGGACAUUAUCUGAUUCUGAUCGUGUGAAGAUUAAGAAGGCCCUUAGAGGAGUGAAAGUUGAAGUAACUCACCGAGGUAAUGUCCGUAGAAAGUAUCGUGUUUCAGGAUUGACAGCUCAACCUACAAGAGAACUAGUGUUUCCUGUUGAUGAUAAUUCAACAAUGAAGUCUGUGGUUGAAUACUUCCAGGAGAUGUAUGGCUUUACCAUUCAACAUACACAUCUACCUUGCCUGCAAGUAGGAAACCAGAAAAAGGCUAACUAUUUACCCAUGGAGGCUUGCAAAAUUGUUGAGGGACAGCGAUAUACAAAAAGGUUGAAUGAGAGGCAAAUUACAGCCCUCUUGAAAGUUACAUGCCAAAGACCUAGGGAUCGGGAAAAUGACAUUUUGCAGACAGUUCAACAUAAUGCUUAUGAUCAAGACCCUUAUGCAAAGGAGUUUGGGAUUAAAAUCAGUGAAAAGUUAGCUUCUGUUGAGGCGCGGAUCCUUCCUGCCCCUUGGCUAAAAUAUCAUGAAACUGGAAAGGAAAAGGAUUGUUUGCCUCAAGUUGGUCAGUGGAAUAUGAUGAACAAGAAAAUGAUUAACGGGAUGACUGUAAGCAGGUGGGCAUGCAUUAACUUUUCACGAAGUGUGCAAGAGAGUGUUGCUCGUGGGUUUUGCAAUGAACUUGCUCAAAUGUGCCAAGUGUCCGGCAUGGAAUUCAAUCCAGACCCUGUCAUCCCAAUCUACAAUGCCAGACCUGAGCAAGUUGAGAAGGCGUUGAAGCAUGUUUAUCAUGCAUCAAUGAACAAAACCAAAGGAAAAGAAUUGGAGCUUCUAUUGGCCAUUUUACCUGACAACAAUGGUUCCCUAUAUGGUGAUCUCAAGCGAAUAUGUGAAACUGAUCUUGGUUUAAUAUCCCAAUGCUGUCUCACAAAACACGUCUUCAAGAUCAGCAAGCAAUACUUGGCUAAUGUGUCUCUUAAAAUCAAUGUUAAGAUGGGUGGUAGAAACACUGUUCUUCUGGAUGCUAUCAGUUGCCGAAUUCCAUUAGUUAGCGACAUCCCAACCAUAAUAUUUGGAGCAGAUGUGACUCACCCAGAAAAUGGGGAAGAUACCAGCCCCUCAAUUGCUGCUGUAGUAGCUUCCCAGGAUUGGCCUGAAGUGACAAAAUAUGCUGGAUUAGUUUGUGCUCAAGCUCAUAGACAGGAACUCAUACAAGACUUGUACAAAACAUGGCAUGAUCCUGUUCGUGGGACGGUUAGUGGCGGCAUGAUCAGGGAUCUUCUGAUAUCUUUUAGGAAGGCGACAGGGCAGAAACCAUUAAGGAUUAUAUUUUACAGGGAUGGAGUAAGUGAAGGGCAGUUUUAUCAAGUUCUAUUGUAUGAGUUGGAUGCAAUUCGGAAGGCUUGUGCUUCUCUAGAGCCCAACUAUCAACCACCAGUGACAUUCAUUGUUGUACAAAAACGUCAUCACACUCGAUUGUUUGCUAGCAACCACAGGGAUAGGAGCAGCACGGACAGGAGUGGGAACAUAUUGCCUGGAACUGUGGUUGAUUCUAAAAUAUGUCAUCCAACGGAAUUUGAUUUUUAUCUCUGCAGCCAUGCUGGUAUUCAGGGCACAAGUCGACCGGCGCACUACCAUGUUCUAUGGGAUGAGAACAAUUUCACACCUGAUGGAAUCCAGUCUUUGACAAACAAUCUCUGUUAUACAUAUGCGAGAUGCACACGAUCUGUCUCUGUUGUUCCCCCGGCGUAUUAUGCACAUUUAGCUGCAUUUCGUGCCCGAUUCUACAUGGAACCAGAACUGCAGGAGAAUGGUUCAGUGGAUGGCGGUGCAGGUCUUGCCACUAAGACUACAAGAGCUGUGGGAGAAACUGGAGUUCGGCCAUUGCCAGCGUUGAAGGAGAAUGUGAAGAGAGUAAUGUUUUAUUGUUAGAAGUGAGAGUAGGAGGAACUGUAGCCAGGAGAUGCAGCAAUCAUGAGUUAACCUCUUUUUCAUUUCUAAAAUUUCUUCUCUGUAAAUGUAUGAUGAUGAUUAGUUCAUUGUUGCAGGCUCCACAAUUUUAGAUCAGUGAUUAUAGAAUCAAAUAGUUUUAGGCCAUGGUUCCUUUAAAUCAUGUCAAGAGCAAGGAACUAACAUCCAUCAGCUAAGCUAUCAUGUGUAGAAUGUUAAAUUAGUGUAUGUAAAGAAAUGUUUUAAUAUGAAUGAGUUCAUGUGUAGGAA